ACAAUACCUUGUCGUUGGCCAUGGCGUUCGAUAUAUCAAUGUCAAGUGAAGUCCUAAUGUCAUUCUUGUAAAGAUCAUGAAGGAACAAAAUUAAAGGGUUACAAAAUAAAAUUCUCAAUAACAACAAUCCCUGGAUGUGAUUCAGGUUUUAGGCCUAAACAACAACAUUUACAGUUUCCGUCAUGGAGCAAAUGUACAUGCUAGAGAUAUUUGUAGACAAAGUGACGAUCUUCUCAAACGAAUCUGAAGUAUCUGGCGAAGGUAAAAAACUCACAAUCAAAAUAAAGUUUGGACCUAAAACUGAAUUUCUCAUCAAAGAAAACCAACUUAUUGGAGAUGAUAAAAUACCCAGCGAUGAGAUUGAAACGGGGGUUAAUGGAUCACCUGCCUGGACGAGGACGGUUAGAGUCGGCCAGUCUUACCUGUUCCCGGCAUACUCAGACACAGUUCUGAUGAUCAUGGAUAAGUUUCCACUGGAGAUAGAAGUCUGGACCGAUGAUCCAAAUGAACAAGAGAUCUACGUAGGAAUAGGCCGAAUGGAAUGGAACACCGAAUUCUUCCACAUGCUUAAAGAAUCUGCAGAGCGAUGCAAACGAAUUCAACCUCUAACUGUAAAGCAGGUUACCGAUCUUCGAGCUGAAUGCUGCUGUAAAAUUUGCGGUCAGAUAUCUUUUAUAUUGAGACUCAGUUGCCUGGGUGAGGGUAUUACCACAGAGUUUCAACAGCUUAUGGCAGACCCUGAUACAUUCGUAUUUAGAACUGAUAAGACUCCUAGUGCAUUUCAAUGUAAAAGGAUAGACGGAGACCCAAACUUUACUGUUGUCGGAAGUAUAUACGAAACUACAACCCUAGAGUGUCCUCAAGACCCUGGUGAUCAGAAGAUUGAAAUAUGUACUGAUGUAGAAGCAUGUGCAAAACAUCGCAAAAGUAAAUCUUGUGAAGGCUUAAUACCACCACAUGGAUUAGAAAUAACAGGAGCGGACACAAAAUAUCCAAUAAAAAAAAUAAGAAUGGGGGAUAUAAAGGGCCCAUGUGGUAAUGCUAAUUGUGCAGUAGCUCAGAGAAUAAAAAAUUAUAUACGAAACUUAGACACAUACAAAAAAGCCACACAAAAUACAACUCUCGAAAGUAGAACUGUCACGGGAAAAGUAUGUGGAAAAUGUAUUUGCAAGGAUGACCGCUGGCACCGCGAAACAUGUCCAACACGAGAUCCAAACUUUGAAAGGGGAGUUUGUAAAAGUUGUGGUGGAUAUGUCGGGAGAAACGGAAAAACCUGUGACUUAACAAUAGAAGAUAUAACGGCAAGUAAAACACCUAUAACUCACAAUCAUGCUGAUCAAAACAAAACUGAUGAUAUUAGUUCUAAAAAGAGUGAUACUUCAAGAAAAACUACAAGCCAGAAGCCAAGUGGACAAGUUUCACCAUCAGCUAAAGAUAAUAGAGUACAGAGCCCACCUAGCGCAUUCUUUUGUACUGUGAGCCAUGGUACUAGAAAAAAUUAUGUAGAUCCUGCAAAGCAGGAUUGUACAACGCAAAUGAAAUCACUAGACAGUUUAUCUGAUAAAUCACGUUAUUGUUGCUGUAAUCGUGCAAUUAUUCAAAAGAUGAAGGACAAUCAAAGAAACGCAGAUCAGCUAACAAAACUCACACAUGAAACUGAACAAGAAUCCACGCAGCAUGAAAACCAACCUGACCUUCAAAGUAUAAUUGAACAAUCACAACAGCUCACCGAUGAAAAUACAAAACAAAGGAUAAUUAAUCAAAACCAGUCACAAUUUAGUACUUCUGAACAGGCUGCGAGGUAUGAAAACAAGCAGUACUCCCGUAAAGGAUAUAAUUCCAUAGUAUAUAUGGCUAGAGAGAAGGUGGAUAAGCCUGAAAAAGCUGAUAAACUGGAUAAAGUAGAAAACCCGGAAAAGUCAGAUAAGAAAAUCAGAGCAGAAAUUACAGUGAAAGUUAACCCCGCGACUUGUACUACCAUAGCUGACGAGAAUGCAUGCAGAUGUGAACCUAUUAAGCCGAAGCCACCGUGCAAUACUUAUGACUGCGUUUGUAUUAGUGAUGUUAUAAACAAAGCCAAAAGAAAAGCUCACAAGCCUUACUGUCCCUCAUAUGUUCAUAGAAGUAACUGUCCGGUAAUUCUACAAAAGGAGGAAGAGAAGGAAAACCAAGAAGAAAAGGAGAACCAAGAAGUCGUUGAAGAAUUACCGUAUGGCUUGCCCCCAAUUAAGCUUGGCCCAUGUCCUGUUAUGGGCAGACCCUGCACAGUGCCAGAUGGGUUUGCCAGGAUGUAUAAGACAGCUGCUCUUGAAGAGUUACCGAAAAGUUACACCGACUCAGGAAAGAUUUGCUGUUCUAAGGAGUAUGAACGAAUAAAAAAGGCAAUCAAAGAAUACAUGUUGAAAGAAAAAAGCGAUGAUUAUAGAUGUGCAAUCAAAUUCGCAGAGGUUACUGAAACAAGGUGUUGUGACAAGGGACAGAUUCUAGAUUCUCUGAUAGGAAAGGGCUGCUGUGGUACUCAUAAACUAGAACUCAAAGAUAAAUAUAAAAAUGUGAAACCAAACAAUUAGUGAAUAGCACAACAUACGCUAUGAUCAAUCUUGAUUAUUUUAUUUUGUAGCCCCAUUGACCAUCCUAAUAAAAUUUGUUCCAAAUA